AUUGAUUCUCAUUCAAUUUAUCUUCGUACAUUCACCACAAAAGUGUAUUGCAACUUACAACUAAGAUUUUUGUUUUUAUUUAUAAAAUAACCUGACUGGAAAGAUCGCUUGGCAGUUCAUGAAAAUCGCGAAAGCUGAACGGUUAAAUACCUAGUUUAAUCGUGAGCAAGGUUGAACAGUAUUGAAUGCAGUGUUUCUGAGUAUCUAAUGUUUUUAUUGAAAAAAACGUAGCUGAGAUAGUGUUGGUAUAAUGAUUGUUGUAUCGAUGCGACACGUUGGAGUAGCUUCGUUUGUGUUAGCGUUAAUAUGGAUUUUUGCAAGAGGAAGAAGAUACCGGUUGUUCUAUAUUAUAUAUAAGACAUGGAGGCGGGAAACACUAGGUGUGUGGCGUGGUGCAAAAACGAUUCUAACCGCGCUAAUGAUAGAGAUGAGGAACGAAACAAUACCAAAACUUUUUCAGAAAACGGUGCGAAGGAAAGGCAAUAAAAUUGCUUUUUAUUUUGAGGAUGAGCAAUGGACAUUUAACAAGGUAGAUGAGUACAGUAAUAAAGUUGCAAAUUAUUUUCUAUGCCUGGGCUACAAAAAAGGUGACAGCGUAGCUCUUUUAUUGGAAAACAGACCUGAGUACGUUGCUAUAUGGCUAGGAUUGGCAAAAAUAGGAGUUGUUACUGCUUUAAUCAACAACAAUUUGGUAUCGAAGUCUUUACUACACUGUAUUAGUAUUGUGAAUGCCAAGUCAAUUAUUUUUGGAUCUGAUUUUGUCAAUGCUGUAGCCGACAUACAGUCAGAGUUAGGCGGUACCAUGUUACUUCAGUUAAAUACUUCUUCUGUGGAAGUCAUGAGAAAUGCCCUUGAUUUUCAAAAAUGUAUUUCGGGACGUCCAAAAACAGUAUCCUUGCGAUGUGGUGACAUGAAUGACACAAUUUUGUACAUUUUCACUUCUGGAACGACUGGUCUACCCAAAGCUGCCAAGAUCACUAGCUCCAAGUACAGCUUUUCUGCUCUUGGCGUAUACUAUAUGGUUGGAAUAUCAGAAGAUGACAUCUAUUACAGCCCACUACCAUUGUAUCAUGCUAGUGCUGGAAUGUUGUCGUUAGGUUUGUGUCUUAUAUGUGGUGUUCCAAUAGCCCUAAGAAAAAAGUUCUCAGCUUCUGCGUUUUGGAGCGACUGUAUCAAAUACAAUUGUACAGUUACAAACUAUAUAGGGGAAACCUGCAGAUAUAUUUUAGCCGCCCACAGAGGCCAGACAAAUAUUCAGCACAAAGUUAGGUCAAUGUGGGGAAAUGGUUUAAAAACAAAUGUUUGGAAAGAAUUCGUACAUACUUUUAAUGUUCCUAAUAUUCAAGAAGGAUACGGGUCAACUGAGGGUAAUGUUAAUAUAAUAAAUGUAGAUGGAAAAAUAGGCGCUGUAGGUUUCAUUCCUUUAAUCAUAUCCAAAUUCUCGCCUCUAAGAAUCAUCAAGUACAACGAAGAUAUUAACGAACCUAUAAGGGAUAACAAUGGAUUUUGCAUUGAGUGUAAAGAUGGAGAACCGGGACUAAUGGUAGGAAGAAUAUAUAAAGCUUUAGCCUCAAGUAAAUUCGAAGGAUACAUAGACCAAAAAGAAACCAAUAAAAAACUGUUUACAAACGUUUUCAAAAAAGGGGAUCUAUAUUUUAAUACUGGAGAUCUUAUGGUUAAAGAUGAAUUUAACUAUCUGUAUUUUUCGGAUAGGAUUGGAGAUACGUUCAGAUGGAAAGGAGAAAAUGUGGCUACGGCCGAAAUUGAAUUUAUAGCAUCUGAAAUCUUAGGACCAGUCGAUCUAGUUGUAUAUGGAGUUGAGGUUCCAAAUACAGAAGGCAAAGCAGGUAUGCUAGCUGCAGUCGACAAAGAAAAUACAAUAGACACAAAAAAAUUGGCUACAGGAUUUAAAUCGCAAUUACCAGCUUACGCCAUUCCCCUAUUUGUAAGACUUGUGGAUACGAUGCCUCUAACUUCAACUUUUAAAGUACAAAAGACACUGCUACAGAAAGAGGGAUUCGAUAUUAAUUCUAUUAAGGAUCCAUUAUUUAUUUUUGACAGUAAAACCGUAGAUUAUGUGCCAUUGGUGAAUGUUUAUGAUGAUUUUAUUAGUGGUAAAAGAAAACUGUGAUUUAGGUUAUUGAUUGUAAUAAAUGUUCUGUUUUUAUUUUAAAGAAACCCUCUAUUUUACUUGUUUCAAUGUAUAAGAUGAUUAUUUAUGGUUGGAAAU